AAAAUCAACCGAUCUUUUUUUUUUUCUUUCCCCAAAACCAAAAAAAACAAAACAAAACUUCUCUUGCAAGUUGCAAUCGCCGGGAAAAUGAAUACUCCGGUUACUUUUUCCUCUGUUUCCAUUUCUAGUAACGCUGUUUCCGACAAUCGUCGUCAUGUUUUCCUUGAAAAUCGUCGGCGUUAACUAAAAACUCCGAUCUUCUUAGUUUUUUUGUUUUUUGACUCUUUUCCCCCAAAUCUGGAGAAAAUUCGAAUUGAUUUUGAGAUAGAUAAUGCCAUUUCCGAUGAAGAUUCAACCGAUUAACAACGAUUCUCCGGCGAACAGAGACGUUUCUCGAGUUGAAUCACCAAGCAAACCAGUACUCAAGUCACGUCUCAAGCGUCUACUAGAUCGACCGUUCACAAGAAGCUCAAACUCAGAUAAAUCACUACUAAUCGAUGGAACAGAGUUCGAGCCAAGCUUAGCUAAGAUGGUUCAAAGCUACAUGGAAGAGAACAACGAGAAGCAAACUAAGAACGGACGUAAUAAUCAUCGUUGUAAUUGCUUCAACGGGAACAAUUACAACGAUAGCUCUGACGACGAAUUCGAUUUGUUCGAUGAUGGUUUCGUCGAUUCAUUCAGCGACGCUUAUGACCAUUUCAAGAGCUUGAUUCCAUGCGCGAGCGUUGUUGAGAAGACUCUGUUAAACGAAGCUGUGAAGGUUAUAGAGAAGAACAAAUCAAUCAAACGUAAAGACGAAUUGAGAAAGAUUGUUGUUGUUGAACUCUCAUCUCUCGGUUACGAUUCUUCGAUUUGUAAAUCCAAAUGGGAUAAAUCUCGCUCUAAACCGGCCGGUGAGUAUGAGUACAUAGAUGUGAUAGUGAACGGAGAAAGGAUUCUAAUCGACGUUGAUUUUAGAUCGGAGUUCGAGAUCGCACGGCAGACGAGUGGUUACAAGGCGUUGCUUCAAUCUCUGCCUUUGAUAUUCGUCGGAAAAUCUAAUCGGAUUCGUCAGAUCGUGUCAAUGGUGUCUGAAGCGGCGAAACAGAGCUUGAAGAAGAAAGGUAUGCAUUUCCCGCCAUGGAGGAAAGCUGAUUACAUGAGAGCUAAAUGGCUAUCUUCCUAUACUCGAAACAACUCCUCCGACGGCGAGGAUCCGUCGCCGGUUACUUCUGACGCGUCCGCCGUAGCUGAACCGGAGCUGCUGGUUUUCGAGGAGAAACUCUUGUCGCCGCCGCCGUUGAAGUCUUCGUCUUUGACUAUGAUUACAGAUGAUGAUGAUGAUGACGUGGCAGAGCUGGUGAAGAGAGAAGCAAAUGUUGUCACGGGAUUAGCUUUACUGUUCAAAGAUAAACCCUAAAAGAUUUUUUUUUGAAAAUUUUCUAAUUUUUUCUAAUUUUUGAUCUAAACAAACAAGAAUUUGCAGAAGAAAAAAAACAAAAAUAUAACAUUUUAUCCAAUAUUUUUACCCAAAAAUAUAACAGUAGUUACUCUUACUAUUACUUCUACUUCUGUUUUGGUAUGUAAAACAGUAAAAGUAACAGAGACGUAUUAUUACCCUGGUAAUAGUCUAAUCUUAGUAAAAGAAAAAUUUGCAA